AUGGGCGGAAGCUCAAAGCAUAGCUCUCACAGCUCCCAUAGGGGCAGCUCAUCUUCACAUUCCUCAAAAAAGUCAAAGUCGAGUUCAGUCGAUGAUGUCGACUGGUCAGAUAUCACAGAUCCUGAAGAGAGACGAAGAAUUCAGAACCGUAUUGCUCAACGCAAGUUCAGAGAAAAGGCUCGAGAAAACAAGGAGAGAGCCGAGAGAGAUUCUCGAAAUCAGGAGUACGCUGGCAACAGCUAUCGCAUUCCCUCUGCCAACGACUUCAACUCCUAUUCAGACCCUUCAGGGCUUCCCUGGGGCAGCAUGAACAUCGGCCACUUUGUCGGUCGUAGCCAGGAGGCCGAGAGUCGACACAGCAGCAGUAGAAGGGGAACACACAGCGCAGACGAUAGCUUUGCUACAGCAACAUACAGUGCUUCACCCUCAUACGGCACGCAAUGGGCACAAGCAAGUUACGGUGAAAGCAGUGGAGCAGACGAGAUGUAUUACGAUGAUUCUUACCUAUACGACCCAAAUGCUGGUCAAUGA